AAAAAGAAAAAUUGUUUGGUCGGGGAAAAGGGCCCCACAACCUACUAACAUACGCCGUGUAGGUCCCACUAUCUCUCAAUCUAACCGUCCAUUCUCCAUCAAAACUCAAUCUCAGCCGUCCAAUUUUGUUGGUUCUCAAAUAUCAUGAUUGAUAUUUAUUUACCCUCUUCUUUCUCUCUCUCCUGAAAAAAACUCUGGAGAAUUAGGUGAUGAUGAAAAUGGCGUCUUCAAUUAAAAUCUUCACUGUUCCACUUUCUCUCUCCUCUGCUUUUAGCAAUUCUGCUGCUCUAAUGGAACUUCUAUAGUUAUGAAUUAAUUUCUUAUUAGUUCUCAAAAUUAAUUGAAAUUUUCUUCCAUUUUAUGGCGAAAAUCAUGAGAUAACAAAAUUAGGGAUUUUUUUUUUUUUUCGAUUUUUGAUUUUAGGGUUUUAUUUUUGGGGAAAAUGGAGAUUGAUGAAGUUGGGCAUAGUAACGUGAAGAAUACUACUGAUCAGUUUAUUGAUCGAAGCAAAGUUAGGAUUUUGUUGUGUGAUAAUGAUUCGAAAAGCUCUCAAGAGGUUUUCUCUCUCCUUUGCAAGUGUUCUUAUCAGGUGACAUCAGUCAAGUCUGCUAGGCAGGUUGUUGAUGCGCUUAAUGCAGAGAGUUCUGACAUUGAUAUUAUACUUUCUGAGGUUGAUCUUCCUACAAAAAAGGGGUUCAAGCUGUUAAAGUACAUAAUGCGGGACAAACAGUUGCAACGAAUACCUGUGAUUAUGAUGUCAACACAAGACGAAGUUACUCUUGUUGUGCAGUGCUUGAGGCUGGGAGCAGCAGACUUCCUUGUGAAGCCAUUACGGACGAAUGAGCUGUUAAACUUGUGGACUCACAUGUGGAGGAGGCGACGAAUGCUUGGCCUUGCGGAGAAGAAUAUCGUGAGUUAUGACCUCGAAAUAGCUGCGUCAGAUCCCAGUGAUGCUAAUACUAACAGCACAACACUGUUCUCCGAUGACACAGAUGAUAAGUCCCGGAGAAGUGUUAAUCCAGAAAUGAGCAUUGCAAUACAACAGGAGGAGGAGUGUAACAAAGUCACUUCUGAUGCUGUGCCUGCAAAUAUAUUUGACUGUCGAUCUGCUAUACCAGCUCCAAGUGAGCGCCGGAGAGGUUUUGUGCCAUUUUCCAAAAAGAGUGAGCCAUUUUUGAGAAAGAGUGACCUUUUUCCUAAGAAGAGUGAGCUGAAGAUCGGUGAAUGUUCUGCAUUCUUCACUUACGUCAAAUCUGGCGCAGUUGAGAGCAAUUGUCGAACAAUUGUUGAUGUUGAAGCUAAUGCUGCUCAAACUUCCAGACCAGAUGAUAAAACAGAUACUUGGAAUGGGCAUGUAAUCAAUGGCAGUAUGAGAUGUGAAAAUGUUGACGUGUGGGAAAAUAACUCACAUGGAGAAGACUUCCCCAGCAGUACUAGUGUACCUGAUUCCACUUCCAUGGAAAGGUCGUGCACCCCUCCUGUGACUAUGGAAUUAAUGCGAAAUAAAUCUAAUGAUGAAGGCUUGUCCGAGGUGCACAUGCAGCCGAAAAAUGGGAUGCAGUUUGAUACCUCAACUUUGGCAGCACAUACUGCUUAUCCUUACUUCAUGCCCGGAGUCAUGAACCAGUUUAUGAUGCCAUCAUCAGCACAUACACAACAGAAGGAUCUUCAAAAUCAUGGGCAAUCAACUAUGAUGCCUCAUUAUAACCACCUUUCACAUUGUCCAUCGCAUGUAGCUGGGAUGACACCAUUUUCUUAUUACCCAAUGAGUGUAUGCUUGCCACAGGGUCAGUCACCUGCUAACCACCAAGUGACAUCAUUUGGUAAUUUACCUUCUAGUGAAACAAAAUUAAGCAAAGUUGACAGGAGAGAGGCAGCUCUGAUCAAAUUUAGGCAGAAAAGGAAGGAGCGGUGUUUUGAUAAAAAAAUAAGGUAUGUGAAUCGCAAAAAGCUUGCUGAGAGAAGGCCACGUGUACGUGGGCAGUUCGUGAGGAAGGUGAAUGGCGUGACUGUAGAUCUUAAUGGAGAUCCAUCUCCUGACCUUUAUGAGGAGGAUGAAGAGGAUCCUAAUUCAUCUCCAGAAGAUGACACUUCUUGACUACAUAUUUGAGGAAAACCAUUUUUCUGAUGGAUCACUGCUGUUGCCGCCAUAAUUGUUUUUUUCCAAAUCUGUCUGAGCUCCAUUUUUCAUGUCCUUAACGAAAAAAAUAUGGCAUGGAUUUGAUAUUGCUCUCUAGAGCUUGCAGGCCUGUACCUUCGACUUUGUAAGCAUCUCUGUUGUGGGGUGAUUUAUGCAAUCAUGGGAAAUUUUCAUCUCCAACAUCUGCUGUCCCAUGAAGCUCCUUUUAGAGGGAGCUGCCUGAAGCUUUCAUCUGGAUGUGGGUGGUUCACAAGGCAUUUAUAUGGAUCAUCUUUAUCCUUCAUUCCGCAAGUGCUGCCGCGUGAAGUUGGGAAUCCAACUUUAUUGGUUAAAUGAAGGGUUUUUCUUUAUUUAUUUUUCCUUCAUGUUUUACCCAUUAUUGUAAAGAGGCGCAUAGUGAUCAGAUGUAUCUAUAGAAAAGCUGAAGAAUUUAACUUCAUUCUUAUCAUGUCAUAAUUGUUGUGAAACCUGUUAAUUUCAGUCUAUGUUUAUACUUAAAUCAGGUGGUGCCUUCUUGAUGUGCAUCUUACUUGUGCAGGGCGUGGCCUGCCAGAGAACUUGGAGAUCUGCUUGACUCAAUUUAGUUGGUUUGUAAUUGCACCUCAACCGCAUUUGUAUAUCCUUUUUCUCUUUUCAGGCUAGUUGAAAUGCACAGCGUUAUCUACUAUCUUUA